AUGUUGGAUGAUCCAUCAGACAAUGAUGCAUGCCGGUUUCUUAGCCUUUUGGAAUCAACUGAUCUUGUACAAAAUGUCAAUGGCCCUACACAUCGAAGUGGUCACACGCUUGAUCUCAUUAUGUCACGUGAAGCCAUCAAUGUUGUAUCAACUACAAAGAUUUUGUCAUCUGACGAUGUAUCUGAUCAUUUUCUUGUAACCUGUAAACUUGACUGCCCAAGACCUCCCCCAUCCAAGCUAAUUUUGUCCUCCAGAAACAUGAAGGGAAUCGACUUGGAUAACUUCACUACUGGCAUUAUGUCUUCGCCCCUUGCAAACAUCGUCUCCUUAUCGUCUGAUCCUAGUGAUAUGACUGAACAAUAUAAUACAACUCUAUCAUCUUUACUCGAUGAACAUGCACCAUUAAUACAAAGGGAAAUCACGCUACGACCAAACUCUCCCUGGUUUAAUAAGGAGCUGCGAGACCUGAAACAGCAGAAACGCCAAACAGAGAGGAGAUAUUUAUCAUCUGGCCUAGAGGUUCAUAGAGUUAUUUAUCGUGAUAUUUGCAAGCAUUACAAGGAUGUAUUAACUAAAACGAAGUCGUCGUACUACCAAAACAAGAUGAGUACUUGUAACCAGAUACAGCUUUUCAAGACUGUCUCUCGUUUUCUUCAAUCUAAAGACAGUGUUUCUCUUCCUAAGUUUGAUUCAUCUGACCACCUGGCUGUCCAGUUUAAUGAUUUCUUUUCACAGAAGAUUGCCAACUUAAGAGCUGAAUUGGAACAAUCAUCUUUACCUCCGGUUUUGAUAGACUGUGCAAGAAAGGAAUGUCAAAGUACACUUACCAACUUUCAAUCAUUACCUGUUAUGACCAUUCAUGAUAUGGUGGCUGCCUCGUCAAACAGCUCAUGUUUACUCGAUCCAAUUCCAACCAGUCUUGUCAAGUCAAUUCCAAUCCUCAUGCCUACCAUAGCAUCAAUCGUCAACCAAUCAGUUACUUCUGGCCAUUUUCCAUGUCAGCUUAAAACGUCUUUACUUCGUCCGCUGCUCAAGAAACCAAACCUAGGCAAGGACUGUUUUUCCAAAUACAGACCCAUAGCAAAUCUACCUUUUUUGGCUAAAACAGUAGCCAACCAGAUUCAUUCCUAUCUGGACUGUAACAAUCUGUAUCCUGAAAUGUAA